AUGGGUUUCGUUACAGCGUUGGUGCCACCCAACGGUUGCAACGUAUCGUCCCCCAUCGACCAAGUCCGAACAUUCGGACUACCAUAUGCUGCCAUUGAGGAGGAAUACGGCAUAACCACGACAGGAGAGGCCAGCGACCGCCGAUUGAACGGUUGUUCUGCGGUGCGCCUCCACUGCAACAUUCAUACCAACGGUUUGCCUCAUAUUGAGACCGUCGCCCAUUGCCUGGCCGGGACGCCCUUCGAACCUCUUAUCAAGGGAGCAGGGAAAAACCUGCGGAGAACAGGCGUUUUUGAUUGUUUGCCGCAUGGAACGUUUGAGACAGCCGUUUUAGUGAGACCCUCUGUGACGAGACUGGGAGACUCUGAAGAUGCUUAUCCUGCUGGCUGCCCAGAAGAUGCCGUCGUUACCAGAAGAUCUCUGGAAGACGCCGUCCGUAACCUGCAACUACCGUCCGACAUCGGAGACUCCUCAGCUUCCAUCAUCAUCUCGAUGAGAGAUCCUUCGACACCGUCCACAGGGGACUGGGAGAAUUGGCCAUAUCUCACCACGGACGCAGUCCAGGCCAUGAUGAACGGUGCGCUGGUGGAUGCCGAUGGGAGGACCUUGCGCGUGCGUCAUGUUCGCACUAAUCUUCCUUCCAUCGAGAAGAUGGAUUCUGGAGGAGGGAUGUGGAACCACUGUUUGGUCUUCGGCAUACACAGCGAGAGGAGUGUCUCAUGGUUAGAGGCUAACGAUCUCCUUGAUGACGAUGGAGGAUCUCUCAAGCAGGCGGUGAGCACUCUAUUCGUCUCAAUGCCCGUCUCUCCUAGGGCCGCCGCCUAUGGUACUGAUCCUCUCUCCUCAGCAUUGCUCUACUAUUGGUGA